CUUAUUAGUAAGCAAGAAGUGGUAUAUCCUCCGGUUCUGCUUUUCCCCAUUAUUACGUGUCUUCUUAUAAUAUGCACCUUCCAUCUUUAUUUCUUUAUUUAUAUCUAAUAAUUAUAGUAUAAAUAACUUAAGCUUCUCUUCGAAUAUUCGGAGCCCCAACUCCUCUCUUCUCUCUCUCUCUCUUCACGCAUUUCUUGUUCUUGAACCUUUUAUAAAAACCCAUCUCAUCCUUCUCUCUCUCUCUUAUUCAAACUUCUCUCCGAGAAAAAAAAAAUUCGAGUUACGUGUUUCUUUAUACAUUUUGAUAUGGGUUUCUCUAGAGCAAAACGUGUCACCGAUCCACUCGCAGACGAGGUUAGGGCUCGUCUCGUUGGAUGUAGCUUUAGCAGCGGCAGUGAACAUACCGGCGACGGAAUCGAAGAUUACGAAGACGAUGACUCGCCUUGUCUCUCCGAUCUUGUACAAGGCUUUUUGGAAGAUGAAGUUGAGACCGUCGAUGAUGAUGACUCUCGCUGGUGUGAUCAAGAUUCGGGUUCCGACUCGGAUUCUGACUCGGACGGAGCGGAGCUCCCUGACUACGCCGACGAUAUCGCGAAGAUUCUGAGGAACUCACUUAUAGAAGAUUCAUACGGAAGAACGGUGCUGGUUCACGUGGCGAGAGCAAUGGAAGUGUUGUCGUCUCUCGGAUCUCAGCACGAACAGCGUGCCGUUUUGUUGCGUAAGGUCAUGUCUCUUCUCAGAGAGCUUGGCCACAAUGCGGCCAUCUGCAAAACCAAAUGGAAAUCUUCCGGCGGUCUCACCGCCGGUAACCACGAGUUUAUCGACGUCAUGUUUACCACACCUUCAUCAGCCUCGUCUCAGACCGUACGUUACAUCGUCGAUUUAGAUUUCGCGUCGCGGUUCCAAAUCGCCAGGCCAACGGCACAGUACGCGCGUGUGCUUCAAUCGCUUCCGGCGGUUUUCGUGGGAAGAGGAGAGGAGUUGAAGCGGAUCUUGCGGCUCGUAUGUGACGCCGCGAGGAUCUCACUUAGGAGCCGUGGCCUCACGCUUCCACCUUGGAGGAAGAAUCGUUAUAUGCAAACGCGGUGGCUUGGUCCUUACAAACGCACAGCCAACUUAACUCCGUCAUCUUCCGCUCUUAACACCGUCAUGUGUCGUGCCAUCGGUUUCGAUAGUGCCGUCGGUGGCCGUCUAUUAGUGCGAACACGAUAAAAUUAACCCACGUGUCAUUUUUUAACUCGAUUUUUUCCACACAUUCUAGAGAAUAAUAUAUAAUUCCAUUAUUUAGAAUUU